AUGCUCUAUGAUUCCAUCCCUGAUUUACUUUCAUUUUUGCAUGGCAUUUUCAGUGAUGCCCCUACCGCUGUGAUCCAUAACCCGCACGUACACCGAAGUCAGCGUGACGAGUUGCAGCUGCGACAACGCGUACUCAUGGAAGCCGUCACAAUAGUUUCCGGUUGGAUGUACGAGGAGCCCUGCUUCAUUGAUCCCUCUGUCUACGGGGAGGGUAACGCCCGUCACAUCGAUGAGGUGCGACAGCGUCUGCGAGCCUUCAAGGCCGGCAUUAGCAGCUCUGUCAUGGAGCAGCUAGCGGCUGCUGCUCGACGUGUUGAGGAGAGAAUCGCGCCACCGGUGUUACCUGCUACUACUACUGCUGCUGUUGACACAGUACGGGUUCCCUCCCGCGGUGAACCCAGUACGCCCUCGACGUUGGCAGUGGCGACGCUUACUUCCUCUGGCCGACAGCCGAGGCCGCACAGCACGUUAAAUCUACCUGCCUCGGGAUCCGCUCGUGUCUGCACACCACAAGGAUCAAUUUAUGCUGGAGGCCCGACAAGCAAACCCAAUACAAAAAACUAUACACCGCAUGGCUCCAAUCAUGGGCAUGCUGACCGCACUUUGAGCAAUGGAGGGCACUUUGACAUAGCCAGUAUUUCCAAGGCAUCCUGCAAGCUCUCGGCCCCAUCCGUCCACACCCACCUUCUUAGUCCAGCCCUGAGUGUAAGGCGCACAGUUGUCUACUUUACUGCAGAGCAGGCGCGCCACAUAUCACCUAGCCUGCACCAUCUGACUGAGGGCUUUUCAUCGGGACCUGAGGGGCCUUGGCUGCCUGCUCACGUGGGGUCCAACGAGGUAGAAGACCGUGGACCCAUUGUCAGGACCCAUCAGCGGGAACAGACAGUCAGGGAACUUGAGGACUUCUACGGUGGUAACGGGGAUUAUCACCCGCACAGUCAUCACUGCCAUCACCGUCACCGCGUCCCCGCGCAAUUCUGCGAAUCGGAGCAAAGGAACCGCGUCCUCCACCACGAUAAAGGGUAUAAUGCCCGCGCUCCCGAUGUUGACUUGGAUAACAGCCUCUUAAAUUACCAAGGGGCACUCGUUCGUCCGCCAGGAGCGCUGCCACCCACACCCAGAGACCGCCAGAGUCCAGAAGCGGUGUCUACCAUCUCCACUAUUCGGCAUCCAAUUUGGGAUACCCCGGAUGUUCUGAAAACUUCCACCCGGUACCUCUCUUUGGACCUCUGA